UUCUUUUAACUGUAGAAUCUAAAUAAUGAAAGGAUUCAUUUCAGGAAUAUACCUAUUAUCAGAGAGCAAUGGGAUACGCUUUAGAAAUAGAUAUAAUGGAAAAUCAAUAAAACGCUCAAAAUGGCAUAAUCUAAUAUGUCAAAUGUUUAGUGCUAUUUGGAUUUAAAUUUAUUAAAAUUUGAUUCAAUAUUAAAACUUUCAAAUGUUUCAUACAUGGAGAGGAUGAUAUCAAAGUCAAACAUCACAAAUGUUGCCAAUAAAACUCAGGCUGAUAUUUGUUUGGAUUAUAGUACACCUGACCUUACUGAAACUUCAAAGGUCCUUAUUUACGGAUUUCUUAUAAUUGUAAUGGUAUUAACAAUUGCUUUAAAUAUUACUCUCAUCGUUAAGAUCAACUUGAAUCCAAAACAUAAAUUAUUCACUCGUUUUUUCCUGACAUCUCUGGCAUCAGUGGAUUUAUGUGUUGGACUGAUUAUAAUGCCGUUCAAUAUAAUGGACGGGUUGUAUGACUUACGGCAUUUAUUCGGUUCUAAAACAUGUGCUUUGUUAAACAGUGUGGACGUUAUGCUGUCUACAUCUUCUAUUUUACAUCUUAGCAUCCUAACAUACGAACGGUACAUAGCACUAUGCAAGACAUUGUCUUAUGGAAUAAAAUGUAAUAAAAAAUCAAUGAAAAUAUUUUGUUGUCUUAAUUGGAUAUUAGUGAUAAUUAUCUCAUUUGGAAUCAUUCUACCUGGAUAUCACGAAACAGGAAUUGAUUUUAGUGUGUUAAAAUGUAUUUAUUCAUCUGCAAAUUCAUGUGUACAUGUGUUUGGUGUUUACUAUGCAGUCAUUAGUUCUGUAAUAUCAUUUUUCCUACCAGGUGUACUGAUUAUUUGUUUCAAUAUUCGUGUUUUUAAGCAUGUAAGGUUUCAAAGUCAGUACCGAAGGAAUAUACUAGGAAUUAAAGUACGCCAUAGAAUUCGAACCGUAAGGCAGUCCCAGAGCAUGCGCGUUGCGAGGACAAUUGCUGUUCUAACUGGUUGUUUCUUUCUGUGUUGGUUACCAUUUUUUACAGUCAAUGUACUAUCUGGAUUUAUCAAUUACAAAAUUCCAUUCACAUUUGAAUUUAUUGUACUGUGGUUAGGAUAUUGUAAUUCAGCGAUGAAUCCAUUACUUUAUCUUCUACUCGAGGGCAAAUCAUGUAUUGGAAAAAGCUGAAAAAACUCUUUGCAAAUUACAUGAAAUAUAUAUUAGAUUUAAUCAUGAAUUUUAUUGUUAAUAUAUUAUUCUUUUAUAUAAAACUACAUAUAUUCAACAUAAUCAAGAUGCCAGGGCGAGGUGCAAAUUUUAAUACAAUGAUGCUUAAAAACUGAAAUAAGAUGUAUGACCUAUUUUGUUCAAAAACAUUUUUUAGACUUGGUUGUUUUUUACAAAUGUUUUGAAAUCCUACUAUGUAUUUUGCAAUACAUUAUUAAGCUUAUACCUCAAAACGGCCAUUAUAUUUAUCAUUAAAACAUUUGGUUUUGAAACCAUAAUUUUGCAGGAGUUUGCAAAACUGAACAGAUGUGCAUGUUUGGAACACAAAAGAAUUACAAAAUUUUCAAAAUACUGAGAUUAAUUUUAUCAUGAUUUGAUUUUGUUUGAUAUUUGACAUUUCAUUUAAUGAAAAUCAGUAAUUUUGUUGUGUAUCGUCAAUAUGGUAUCUUAUAAUAAUGCAUGCCUUUUUCAACUCUCUUCAGGUUUAAUUUUCAUAUUUUCCGCAACAUCAUUUUUAUUUAUCUACUUGUGAUACCUUAGGGUGCAAAAGGUUUCAAUGUGUUUUUGCUGUUGAAAUACAAUUUUCAUAACAUUUUUGCAAACACUUUUGAUAUUCUAAAGGUAGGA